UUUUCGUGCAUUGCGCAUAAUCGCCGCUGCGAUGGCAGCAGCGCACUAGACGGUACAGGUGUGUUGAGUUACGUAUGAUUUUGCAAUGUGAGAGAUAUAAGUCGAGUUAUAAAAUUUUUUUAAACACCUUUAAAAGGCUGGAACUGAUAUAAGAAGAAAAGGAACAAAUAGCCGUUCUAAUUAAUUGAGGACGCUGGUGUGUGGGAAAUGGGACCUGAUAAUCGAGUUCAGCAAAGCGAGGCUAUGCCAAAAGUUGAUAUAUUAAGAGACGUGGGAAAACUCAAGUCUACAGAUAUAGUUUAUAUGAAACGCAUGGAAGAACAAAACUUGCAGAGAGCAAAGAAAGUACAAGGAUAUCGUAAAUCUAAUAAUCGUACCGCUAUCCCUUUAGGUCUUAUAGCGAUCGGGAUUUACGCUUAUACAAUAUAUUCGGUUAAACAAGAAAAGUUCUUGGACGACUUUGAAGUGCCGGAAAAGACGGUUGAGAAGGCUGCUUGAAAAGUUUGUUUAGAAAUGUGAAUAAAGAAGUUUACGACUUAUUAUUUUAAGAAGUUUAUAUUUUUUGCUUAUAUAAUAGAAUAGAAAACUUGUGUAAAUUAA